GGAACCCUAAUGUCUGCUCUGCAUAUUCAUCAGUCACUGGCUUACACUUCCGUUUCCAAAACACUUUGCUAAGACAGGUGAAGAGAUAAGCAAAGAUGUAUCUUCAGUUUUACAUUAACGAAAAUGGUGACAAAGUUUACACCACUAAGAAAGAAUCACCACUAGGAUUGGCCACACAAUCUGCUCACCCAGCCCGGUUUUCACCAGAUGAUAAAUAUUCAAGGCAAAGAGUGCUUCUCAAGAAGCGUUUCGGCUUGCUUCCAACCCAAAAACCACCUCAAAAGUACUAGCAACCGUUUGCUACAACCUAUCGUUCCUCACUCCUCAGUUAAAUAUAACUCUAUUGCUAGUUAAAACGCUCGUUAUGAUUCGAACACUCUUCUUCUCUUUAAGAUUGUAAUGUUAUCUCAAUAUAUUAGUAUUAUUUAGUUUCAAUCUGUUAGUUUAUUUGUCAAACCAAGCCAGCAACUAUUGCCUUUUGCUUCAAUGCUUUAGUUACUUUCCUUGCA